AUGGAGGACCAGAAACACAAACCUCAUAGGAAGUCCAAGGAGAAGAAGAAGCACUCCGGACCUAAUCCCAAGGCCUUUAGCUUUGCAAACCCGGGAAAGCUUCUGAAGACUGCCUCGCGCUCUCAUGAUAUUAAAGAAAAACGUCUCCAUGUGCCCCUCGUCGACAGGCUCCCCGAUGAGCCACCGCCCCGGCUCGUCACCAUUGUUGGCCCGCCCGGGGUAGGCAAGACCACACUUCUCAAGUCGUUAGUCCGCCGAUAUGCCAAAGAGACCAUAACCGAGCCACAGGGGCCCAUCACAGUCGUUACGUCGAAGAAGCAGCGCUUGACCUUCCUCGAGUGCCCGAAUGAGCUAGAGGCUAUGGUGGAUAUCGCCAAGGUUGCCGACAUUGUGUUGCUCAUGAUCGACGGCAACUAUGGUUUCGAGAUGGAGACUAUGGAGUUCCUGAACAUUCUUGCGACCACUGGUAUGCCGGGUAACGUCUUCGGAAUCCUUACCCACCUUGACCUCUUUCGCAAGCCACAGGCACUCAAGGAUGCCAAGAAGAGACUCAAGCAACGACUCUGGAGCGAGCUGUAUCAAGGUGCUCACCUGUUUUACCUGUCCGGCGUGAUGAACGGUCGCUACCCGGACCGUGAAAUCCACAACCUCUCGCGCUUUCUAUCAGUCAUGAAGAACCCUCGACCUCUUGUAUGGCGAAACUCACAUCCCUAUACCGUCAUCGACAGCUUCCGCGAUAUCACACACCCAACCAAGAUCGAAGAAGAUGCCAAGUGCGACAGGUCAAUAGUCCUCUCAGGGUACCUCAGGGGCACCAACUUCGCCGCCGAGGGCCAAAGGGUGCAUGUUGCUGGUCUGGGUGACUUUACCAUUGCCGACAUGGAGGUCCUUCCUGAUCCGUGUCCCACACCUGCCAUGGAGAAAGCCAUGGAGAACAUCACAGGCAAGAAAGGCAGGAAACGUCUGGACGAGAAGGAGAAGAAACUCUAUGCACCAAUGUCGGACCGAAGCGGCCUCAAGAUUGACGGCGAUGCCAUAUAUAUCUACAGAGAGAAGGGCUUUACGUUUGAUAAAGAUGCGGAAAAUCCUGAACGGGGCGAGGGCGAAGAGCUUGUUAUAGGUCUCCAGGGAGAACGCCGCCUUCUGGGUCAAACCGAUGCUGGUGUCCGGCUGUUUGCUGGCGGUGAGGAGAUACGCACUGUCGCGCAAGACGAAGUAGACACCGGUCGAAAAGAAAGAAGAAAAGCCCGCGUCACAGCCGACGGUGAUGUUGCAGAAGGAGAUGACUCACUGGAAGACGACGACGAUAUGGAUAGCGUGGAUGAGGGUGAUUCUGAUGUUGAAACUGAGUUCCGUCCCGAGAAGCUUGGAAAGAUGUUUCGAAAAAGUACUGAGGCGAAAGGUGACGCGGAAGACGUUGCUUUCGCCGACAGCGACUCGGAUUUGGGAUCUCUGUCUGGCGAUGACGAUCUCGAUGAUGAUGAUAUGGAUAGCGACGAUCUUGGCUCAGAAGACGACGAUGACGACGAAGGAGCCUUGAAGUGGAAGGAAAACUUGUCCGAGAGAGCAAAGUCCAUGCACACACGAAAGAGCCAGGGCCAACCCUCAGACCUGGCUCGGAUAUUGUAUAAUGACAGCUUGACCCCUGAACAAAUAGUCAAACGGUGGAAAGGUGAAGAAGCCGAGGAGGAGGAGGAGGAGGAAGAUAUCGAGGAGGAUGACGAUGCUUUCUUUAAGCGGAAAGCGGACAAGGCUGGUGAUGAACCGGAGGAUCGCUCGGUACCGGUAUACGACUACAAUGAGUUGGCGGCGAGGUGGACAGAAGACGCGAUUGAAAGCCUCAGGAAACGCUUUACAUCGGCAAACAUUGCAGACGACGAAGACGGUGAUGAGUUCGAGGGUCUCGAUGACGAAGACGAUGAGGACGGAGAGGGCGAGGACGAAGAUGAUGAUGACGAAGGUGAUGGUGCGUUUGAGGAUCUUGAGACUGGUGAAAAGCACGGUCCAGAUGGGGAAGAGGCGCCGCUAGAAUCCGAGGACAUUGACGCCGAACGAGCCAAAAACGCGAAAAGGAAAGAAGAACUCAAAUUGAGGUUCGAAGAGGAAGACCGCGAAGGAUUCAGGAAUCCGAAGGCUCUAGCAAGAAAAGAGGGCGGCAACCAGGAUGAAUUUGGCGAGGAUGACUGGUACGAGGCACAGAAGGCAAUGAUCCAAAAGCAGCUGGACAUCAACAAGUCCGAGUAUGAAAAUCUGGAUGAGAGGCAAAGAAUCGCCGUGGAGGGCUUCAGGGCAGGAAAAUACGCCAAAAUCGUGCUGGAGGGUGUCCCAGCCGAGUUCGUGAACAAGUUCCAAUCCAAGACACCUAUAAUCAUGGGUGGCCUCUCUGCAACCGAGGAUCGCUUCGGCUUCGUUCAGGCACGGAUAAAGAGACACAGGUGGCACAAGAAGAUUCUGAAGACCAACGAUCCGUUGAUUUUCUCCUUGGGCUGGAGGAGGUUCCAGUCGUUGCCCAUCUACAGCAUAUCGGAUUCGCGAACAAGGAAUCGGAUGCUCAAGUAUACGCCUGAACACAUGCACUGUUUCACAACCUUCUAUGGGCCCUUGAUUGCCCCGAACACGGGUUUUGUCUGCUUCCAGUCGUUCUCAUCCUCCAACCCAGGAUUCCGCAUAGCAGCCACCGGAACCGUACUCAGCGUUGACGAGUCGACCGAGAUAGUCAAGAAGCUGAAGCUCACUGGCGCACCGUACAAGGUCUUCAAGAACACGGCGUUCAUCAAGGACAUGUUCAACAGCAGUCUGGAGAUUGCCAAAUUCGAGGGCGCGGCAAUCAAGACGGUCUCAGGGAUUCGUGGUCAGAUCAAGCGCGCAUUGUCGAAACCAGAGGGGCACUUCAGGGCCACCUUUGAGGACAAAAUCCUCAUGAGCGACAUUGUGUUUCUGCGGGCAUGGUAUCCCAUCAAGCCCCACCGCUUCUACAACCCUGCCAACAAUCUCAUCGGGUGGCAACCCAUGAGGUUGACGGGGGAGAUUAGGCACGCGGAAGGCAUCGCUGUGCCGCAGCAGCGCAACAGCGAGUACAGAAAGAUUGAGCGUCAAGACCGGCACUUCAACCCGGUCAGAGUUCCCAAGGCGCUGGCGGCCGACCUCCCGUUCAAGAGCCAGAUAGUGCAGACUCGGGCGCAGCCGCGCAAGACAUACAUGCAGAAGCGCGCCGUGGUGCUCCGUGGCGAAGAGAAGAAAUCGAGGGACCUGCUGCAGAAGCUUACGACCAUCCGUAAGGACGUCGCGGAGAAACGCAGGGCCAAGAAGGAGGAGCACCGGGCGGCGUACAGGAAGAUGCUUGCCGAGGCAGAGGAGAAGAAGGCGGCACGGGAGAGACGCGAGACCAAGGAGUACUGGAACCGCGAGGGCAAGAACAUGAAGCGCAAGGAAGCUGGGGGAGGUGGUGGAGGUGGAAAACGAAGGAGGUAA